UGCGAAUCGAUCAGCUUCAAUCAGUGAUUCGGUGUUUGAUUAUUACGCAUGCGCACAGGUGGUUCUUCCUUUCUGCUAGCUUCUCCGUCAUGGCGCCGAUUAAGAAGCAGAACACCGGUAAAGGUGGGAAGAAGAAGAAGCAGGUGCUGAAGUUCACCCUGGACUGCACACAUCCGGUGGAAGAUGGAAUCAUGGACGCCGCCAACUUUGAGCAGUUUCUGCAGGAGCGCAUCAAAGUGAACGGGAAAGCCGGCAACCUGGGCGGGGGGGUGGUCUCCAUCGAGAGGAGUAAAAGCAAGAUCACGGUUUCCUCCGAGGUGCCGUUCUCCAAAAGAUACCUCAAGUACCUGACCAAAAAGUACCUGAAGAAGAACAACCUUCGUGAUUGGCUGCGCGUGGUGGCAAACACCAAGGAGAGCUACGAGCUUCGCUACUUCCAGAUCAAUCAGGACGAGGAGGAAGAGGAGGACGAAGAUUAGAUUGGCAGUUCGUCUUUGUUUUGUAGAUUUAAAUAAAUUUUGUUUACAGAACAGAA